AUGAUUCUUCACGGACCUUACAGUUUCGCUACCCGACUCUUUUGCUACGGCCCUGGGAGUCAAAUUGCAGUUGAACGGAUGCAGCACAAGACAUACCACAGAAUGUUAGUCAGUGGUGCGGUUUUCGGCGUGGUAGCCUGGCUCGCCAGCAAGCGAUAUGCUUCCGACUCAUUACUCGUCCUCGCCCCGUGGGUAAUCUUCACUGAUUAUCUGGCGGCGAUCGAGGCCGGACACGUCGUUGCCACCUACACUAAGCCAGACCCAGCUCCCCGCUUUCGAUCUGCAAUGAAUGGUGCCAUCUCUAAUUCCCCGUCCAAAGUCACACAGUCUGAGCGUCAUUCUGGCCAAUCCUACAUCAGUUCAACAUUCCUGCAAUGGAGUCUCGCAAUUCUCAAAUCUUUCGUCAUGCUAUCUCCCGAGCUGAUGACAUAUCGCUUGCUGCACUGGCUCAGCACUGGACAGAAGGGCUCCGCCCGUAAGGGCGUUGACCCUCCUGCCGCGCUCCUCUCCAAGAAACGCCGGCUCCCAUAUGGGCAAAUUUCUCGCGUGGGCCGUCAUCAACAAGCUCGUAGCCCAAGCCCGAACCAUAAACACAAAUUCUUUAACGGGCUUCUCAGUUGCGUGAGCAAGCGUCUAUUGACUGUCUUCGACUACCUGCGUAUUAUUGCAACAGCAGCCUCAGCGCAGUCUUCUCAACGACGAGAGGCAGCCCUUUGCGCGCGUGUUCGUGCCAGCGACGACGACGACGACGGCGGCGGCGGCGACGGCGGCAUUGGCAGCAGCUCUAGCUUGACGGCUAUGAGCGCACACUCGCCGCUGGCCUGCCCUCCGUCAACCACAUGGACGAUGCCCGGGACAAGUAUGACCUGCUCGCUCCCGUCAUCGACGCCGCGUUUCAGCGCUGGCGUUUUAAGGCCCGUCAUGCUCCCACUGAACUGA